AUGGCCAUGACGUCAGAACCCUUACCGGCGGCCCAAUCCGUCAGCUUCCGAGCGCCCCCGCCUUCUCCUGUGGCUCCCGGCCGGAGAUCGCCAUUCGCGAACAAUGAUGUUCUGACGGAAUACCUCGAGCAAUCCCUAAAAGUCCCUGACCUUAUUCUCCCCGACAGAGUUUUCCCCAAGCAAAAAUCAGCUCAAAAUCCACCGAAAAUCGACUUGCAGGACUUAAUAUCGCCGGAAAAAGAUUCCGUCCGUGAGAUUUCCGAGAUGGUUGCGCAGACAGGGUGCUUGGAAGUGGUUAACCACGGGAUCCCACGCGAUUUGAUUCGGCUUGUCCUGUUUCUCUCGGCCGGCGUUUUUGAGAUUUCGCCGGAGAAGAAGAAGAAGGCAGCGAGGUUGCCGGAGAUGAGGUAUGGAUUCGAGGAGGCUCACGGGGAGGAGGAGAUCGGAGAUCAGAGUGAAGAGUUUAUGUGGUGUGGAGAUGAAAGGAUGAGGUUGGAAAUGGAGGGAAUUUGGCCUUUUGGAUAUUCUAAUUUCAGGUAG